UCAGAACCUUCCCCUAAAUUUGCAGCAAACAUCAACAAUGGAGUCGAGCGCGUACAAACAGGCCGCAAUUUCCUUCAAAGCUCUAAAUGACGAGUGGAAGGCCAAACCGAGGAACUUGGAAAAGAUAGGGCAAAUUUUGACCAGACUGAAGGUUGAACUGACGCAGUUGGCCUUUUUGCCCACCGACCAGACCAAUGCUUCUGAAAAGUGUCUCCUUCUCGCCCGUGACACCUUAGAAAUAGGAGCGCAAUGGAGCAUUGCGAAGAAAGAUAUUCCCGCUUUUGAGAGAUACAUAGCCCAACUCAAGCCGUACUACUUGGACUACGGCAAGCAGGGGGAUGAAAAGACUGGUCUCUUGGAGUCUCCAUACAAGUACCAGCUCUUGGGGCUCAACCUUCUCUACCUGCUGUCACAAAACACGGUGGCCGAGUUCCACACGGAGCUCGAACUGCUGCCCCCGGACCAGAUCCACAACGCUUACAUCAAACACCCCCUGUCCAUUGAACAGUACCUUAUGGAGGGCAGAUACAAUAGAAUUUUCUUGGCCAAGGAAAAUGUCCCCAAUCCUGAUUACUCCUUCUUCAUGGAGAUUUUGCUCUCGACUGUUAGAGAUGAAAUUGCUGCCUGCAUGGAAAAAGCUUACGAGCGAAUUUCUCUGCCUGAAGCUGUCAAAAUGCUCUACCUCUCCUCUGUGGAAGAUGCCAAGGCUUACGGUAGACAGCGAAACUGGAAUCUGAAGUCGGAUAACUUUUAUUACUUCACUGCUCUCGACAAGAAGAAAAUCGAAGAUCACCAGUUGCCGUCAAAGGAACUCUCCGAGCAGUUCAUGGAAUACGCCCGUGAGCUGGAGAUGAUUGUCUAAAGUGUUGCAAUUAUAUUAAAUUAAUUUCUUCUUUAAUAAAAUUUGAAACAAGUCUUGAGGUUAAGAAUUUAAA